AUAAUUAAUUACUCAACCUGCCCAUUCCAUUCGUCCGCUCCACCAUACCGUAUAUAUAUUAAUCAUCUUGAUUAGAUUAUUUGAACAUUAUAUAUAUAGGUUGCGUAAUUAGUACCAGAAACAAGCAAAUGAGCAGCUAGCUUAGCUUUAUCAGAUAAUUAUACCAGCGGUUAUAUUAAUUUCUGCAUUGAGAAUAUUGAUAGAUCAUCAGAUGAUGAAGGGUGCUGCGGCUUCUUCAAUAGCCUCAAUAAUCAGAAUAACCAGUUUGGUUUUCUUCGCCGGUUUCUUGAUUGUCUCCGCCGUGCUUCUUCUCCGGCCAUCUUCUUCCCUUGACCGUAUUCAAGAAGCAGGCUCGUCGUCUCUUAUAUGCUCGCUCCGUGAAUGCCAUCGUAAGGUAAUUAGGCGGGAAGGUGACGGGAUACAGAUGAAGGCAUUAUUGGGAGAACCGGGAGGGAAUGGAACAAUGAUAAUGCCGGAGAACAAAACAGUGAAGCCAGAGAUGCCGAGCUUCUUGAAAGAAAUAAUGGCGGCGAGCGAGACGAAGAAGAAGACGAAAAAGAUAGGGAUGGUGAACAUGGAUGAUCAGGAAUGGAAAGUUACCGGCGAGGAAACAAUAAUCCACGUUACAUCGGAGAAGGUCUCGGAGCUCUUAGAAUGGAAAGAUUUGUAUCCGGAGUGGAUCGACGAGGAGGAGGAGAUGGACGGCGGCUCAUUUUGCCCGGAGAUGCCAAUGCCGGAGUUCUCAAACUACCCCUACAUUGACUUAGUGGUGGCGAAGUUGCCGUGCAGCACCAGUAAGAAUUCAUCGAGGGAUGUGCUCAGGCUGCAACUUCACCUGAUCACGGCCAACUUAGCGGUGAAGCGAGGGAGGAGGGAUCGGCGGAGGCGGGCGAAGGUGGCGGUGUUGAGCGAGUGUAGGCCGAUGGUGGAGCUUUUCCGGUGUGAUGACUUGAAGAAAAGGGAAGGAGAUUGGUGGUAUUUUGAGGUGGAUGUUCUCAAAUUGGAACAAAAGGUUUCUCUGCCUAUAGGUUCAUGCAACCUGGCUUUGCCUCUUUGGGGAAAAGGUAUAGACGAAGUUAACGAUAUUUCCAGGCUCGGCCAAAGCACGAAGCAAAUACCCACACGAGAAGCAUACGCCACUGUCCUCCAUUCCACCGAAGCCUACGUUUGUGGGGCAAUAACCCUCGCCCAAAGCCUCCUCCGAACCGGAACCAAACGCCACCUUAUCCUCCUCCUGGACAAAAGCAUCUCCCCAUCCAAACGCAACGCUCUCAUCAAAUCCGGGUGGAAGCUCCGAUUCAUCAAGAGGAUCCGAAAUCCCAGAUCCGAGAAGGGCGCCUACAACGAAUACAACUACAGCAAGUUCCGGCUAUGGCAGCUCACCGGCUACGAGAAGAUCAUAUUCAUCGAUUCCGACAUCAUCGUUCUCCGCAACAUCGAUUUCCUCUUCGGAUUUCCUCAGAUGUCCGCCUCCGGGAACGACGGAUCUAUAUUUAACUCCGGCGUGAUGGUGAUAGAGCCCUCCGACUGCACGUUCCAAAUGCUGAUGCAGCGCCGGGAGGAGAUCGUCUCCUACAACGGCGGCGACCAGGGCUUCCUCAACGAGGUGUUCGUCUGGUGGCAUAGGUUGCCGAGGAGGGUGAAUUUCCUGAAGAACUUCUGGUCGAAUUCCUCCGCCGAGUCCGGAUUGAAGAACCAGCUAUUCGGGUCGGAUCCUCCCGAGCUUUAUGCCAUACACUACCUAGGGCUGAAGCCGUGGCUUUGUUACAGGGACUAUGAUUGCAAUUGGGAUAUUGAGGAUCAGCGCGUGUACGCUAGUGACGUGGCGCACAGGACAUGGUGGAGGCUCCAUGACUCCAUGGAUGAGAGCUUGCAGAAACCUUGUGGAUUAUCAGAGCAGAGGAAGAUUGAAUUGGAGUGGGAUAGGAAUGUGGCUAGGAAAUUGGGGUUACAAGAUGAGCAUUUGAACAUCAAUGUGACAGAUCCUAGAAGAUUUAACUGAUGAUUGUGCAUUUUGCUGCAACUUUUGGAGUUCUUUUGGAGUUCUACUUUGGUUAUGGUUUAUAUUUACAUAACAUACUACUAAUAUGGAGUAUUGUUUUCAUCAACCUGGUUCACAACUUCACACAAUAUAUUGCAGAGAUGAGUAGCUUGGAGUUCAGUUUUUAGCAUUUAUUGUUUUUUACAUAACAUCUUCAUUCAAGCUAUUUUAAUAAACGAUCACAUCAUUGUUGUGGUAAA